CAAGAUCUGAUAAACAAAUGUGUCGAAAUUUCUAAAUUGAGAUAGAUCUCUGGGCGUUCAACGGAUCUGCGACCUCGGCUGGGACCUGCCGCCACGUGACACGUACUGUCGGGACCCUGUUAUCAGAAUCUGUAGUGGGCUGCUUGUCUCAUGCACAACGAUCCGUCAACGGCGACAUUCAUCCCAGGCGGUCAAACUCGAGUCUCGAUUCCUUCGUCACACUCGAGCGUACCACUGACCAUCUGAUACCAUACAGGCGGGACCUUGCAUCUGCCAUUCACCUUGUUGGUUUUACCAAAUUUUGUCAAGUCUUGGACUGCUUGCGCUAUCGGGAAGACAAUAGACACAACAACUCCUCCAUCCAGCAUUUUUGGACCAGUUUUCUGCGAAUACCAACUCCAGCAAUACCUUUCUCUUUCAGCAUAUUCAGCAAAGUCAUACCUCCGUAUCUGCAAGGAUGUCUACCGCAGCUCGUCGCCGCUUGAUGCGAGACUUUAAGCGCAUGCAAACAGAUCCUCCUGCUGGGGUUUCGGCAUCGCCAGUAGCAGACAAUGUCAUGACUUGGAACGCAGUCAUCAUCGGGCCAGCAGAUACUCCAUUCGAAGACGGAACCUUUCGACUAGUUAUGCAUUUCGAAGAGCAAUACCCCAACAAGCCGCCCGCAGUCAAGUUCAUUAGCCAGAUGUUCCACCCCAAUGUAUAUGCCACCGGGGAGCUUUGCUUGGAUAUUCUACAAAACAGAUGGAGUCCUACUUAUGAUGUGGCAGCCGUCCUGACCAGCAUUCAGAGUCUUCUCAACGAUCCCAAUACCAGCUCUCCCGCCAACGUCGAAGCCUCCAACCUGUACAAAGACAAUCGACGAGAAUAUACAAAACGCGUUCGAGAAUCUGUGGAGAAGAGCUGGGAAGAUUAGACGGCCUUCCAUUUCGACGGAGGAGAAGGAACUGCACGUGCAUUAUGAGACCCUGAUAAUGGCGGGGUUCUGGCGUUUCGGUGAUGGUGGUUGCUUCUUCAUAUUUCUGUUUUGGCUUUGGCUGCUGCUAUCUUUCACGGAGUACAUUCUAGGCAGCUGGGUCAUGCAUAGCAGAGCGGUUAUUCGGUCAUUUCAUUGCCCUUACAUCCAAAUCAAACAAGUUGUCCCCGAUUUCCAUCACUUCCAUUGAGGUAACUGCGGUAAACAACUGGCACAUCUGCACAACA